AUCCGUAAUUCUAAUUGAUACAUGUUUUUAAAUUCCAUUGAAAAUUUAUCAUAAAAUUUCGAUUUGAGUACAGCGGUUAGCGGAGAACAACUCACUAAUUAGUUCUAUGAUCACCACUAUUAUCAGCAGCAACAAGUAAGCAAUUACUUUUUGUUGUUGUAUACUAUUUCUAUAUUACAACAGUUUAUAUUAUUUUAUUACUUUUAAUAUGUUGACGUUUUCUUUUUAUAUUAUGAUCACUUAAUACAUGAUUUCAAUGAAAUAUUGGUGACUGUCUUAACCAUAAUUUCUUGAUUGUAUGUGUACCUACGAUUACCUGAUUUUUCAGGUAACCUACCUCUGACUUUUAAAUAAAUACUGUACAUUUUUUAUUUUGGGCCCUUCUUUUGUUGACAUUAUUUACUAAUUCUAAAACUAUAUUCUGAUCAAUAGUCGCUUAGUAAACUAACCAAUUAUUUUAUCUAGAAAAUAAAAAAUGUGUAAAUUUGCUAUUAAAUUUGUAAAGUAUUAUUUAUUAUAAAUAUUUCUGUUCAACAACGUCAUUAAUGCAUCACUGCUUUUAUUGUUUAUAGUUGCAUUUACAUUUAAAUUAACAUAAAUUAUCUCAAGUAAAUAAAAGUAGUGCCGAGCAUUCAAAAAAUAAUAUGUUGUGUACACAGCACUUAAUCGGCAGUAAAACAAGCUUCCUGUUACAGAAAACUGUUUUUCGUGUAAGUUAAUUGAAAGCAUUGAAAUUGUACAUUAUUAAAUUAUUUAAUUAAUUUAUCUUUAUUUAUAUUUCAGAAAUUCAUAAUAAAUUACUCAAGGAUAUUGUUGUCCAUGGACCAUACCAAAACAAUAUUUGUAAAACGAUAUAAAUCUACUGUGAAAAAAUCUAUUGAAAAUAUACAUAUUUUAAAAGAACAUAAAUUAAAUUCAUCGGAAUUACAUGGUGAGAAGUAUAUUAGUUAUUAAUACAGUAAAGAUUAGUAGGUAUGUAUAAAAAUGUUUUUUAUUGAUUGUAUCUAUGGUCAUAGGAGUAAUAAAUAUUAUACAAAGAAUCUUAAUAUUAAUGAAUAUUUUGUUGAUAACAGUCUGUAUCUAUCCAAAAGGAUGAUUAAUAUGAAUAUUUUAUUUAAAAAAAAUACCAAUUAUGAAUAUUUACACACAAAGUAUUAGAUUUUUUUCAAUAAAACAUUCGAUACACUAUUUAAUUCUAAGACUUCCCUUUUUAAGUGAUUGAAUGUUAAUUUACAAAAUACAUAUAUUAUUGAUAACCAUAUUGUAUUUAUUUUCAUAAUUUUCUAAUUAAAAUUAUUAUUAUAUAAAAGAAAAAUAUAUCAAUAUGUACUCAUAUUUAGUUAAGAGAAUAUUAUUUAAGGUACUGAUUUAGUUGACACCCACCCAAGAAAUAUUUUUCCACUAUUCAGGUUUAGUUGGCGCUACUACUUGUAAUUUUUGUAUUUUAAAAUAAAUGUUAAAUACGUUUGGUAGGUAUUAAAUUUACUUGUUGGAUAUUUUAAAAAUAAUUUUUGGUGAAAUCCUAAUAUUAAAAUUAUUGAAACAAGGUAUAGCAGAUAGCUAUAUAAAAAAUUAAAUUAAUUAUGUCUAAUAUAAUCUACCGAGUUCAGUUAUUCAGUUGCCAACACAGAAAUAUUCAAUUGAAAAAUCUGUAGAAUAUAUGCAAAAUAUUAAUAUAAUAUAAUUUUAAUGAAAUUUCUAAAUAAUAUAUAGUGAUUACAUCGUAUAUACAAACGGUCUUCAACCUUUUUGGACUCACGACCCAUUUUUUUAGGCGUACAUUAUUCGUGAUCCACAUAAGGCAUACAUAAAGAAAAACGUUUUUAGAAAAACAAAAAAAAAAAAUCUAAAAUUCCUUAAUACUUUGUAAUAGUACUGUUAUAACUGAAGAAAUAAAAAUAAAAAAAACUUUUUAACGGACAUGUAAAUACGAAUAGAAUAAUAACGCGACUAACAUUUAUUCGUCNUCAUACUAUGUAGAAUCAUACCAGUAUAUGAAACAUAUACUGUGAUUUGAAAUCCAAAAUACUAUUAUAUUUUUGAAUAUAAAUUAUAUAAUAUUGUUUAUACAUAAUAUAUUAUAAUUAUUUUCAAAUUGUAUUUUCAUUUAUUAAUUUUCAAAGUUUAAUAAUUAAACAAUUAUUUGUAUACCUUAUAUAAUUGUAUAAACUUAAUUUUUAUUUUAAAAAGAAAAUUCAUCACGACCAAUUUUUAAGCUUACACUUCAAAAAUGGGUUGCAACCCACCAGUUGAAGACCAUUGGUAUAUACUAUAUUUUAAACAGACUUGUGAUACUGGACAUAAAGGGGUUGGUGGAAAUAUCAUUUAAGAUAACACUGAUGUUUAUUAUUUUAUAAUUUAUUUUUAGUUUUAAAAUAUGAGAUAUAUAAGUGGAGAGAGAAUACUUCCUUGGUGGGCAUCAACUAAACCUACGGGUUUAGUUAGAAACCUAUAAAGGUUUCCUUAUUUAAGAGAAUACCUAUUUUAAGAACUGAAAGAAUAUAUUAGUAAUAUCUGUAAUAUAUUUCUAUACCAAACAUAUUUAUUUAUACUUAUUAAGGUGACUUGAAUUUUAUAGAAUUUUCAAAUACUAAUCUAUAUACCUCUCGAACUCAUACUUGUGGUCAACUUAGAGCUGAAAACUCUGAAGAAUUUGUUGUUCUCUGUGGUUGGUUAGAAUAUAAAAGAUUGAAUCGAUUUAUUAUUUUAAGAGAUGGUUAUGGAUCAACACAACUUAUAAUUCCUGAAAAUGUAAGUUUUAUUACUAUCUUUAUACAUAAUUUACUUACAUAAUUAUCUACAUUUAUGUUUUAGGCAAUUGAAUUAUUUAAUAUUGUCAAAGAUAUACCUCUGGAGUCUGUGAUAACAUGUUAUGGUAAAGUAAAAUUAAGACCUGCCAAUAAAAUAAAUAAUGUAUGAUAACUUUGAAAAAAAAAGCCCAUAAUUUUUUAUAGAAUUGUACAAUUUAUGUUUUAGAAUCAAGCAACUGGAAUGAUAGAGGUUAUUGUUGAUAAAUUACUUCUGCUCAACUCUGUAGACACCAAAAUACCAUUUCAAAUACGAAAAUUUCAUAAAGUAAACAUGCAUUGCUAAUUUUAAGUACUGAAACCCAACAUGUUAGAUUAUAACUAAAACUUUUAUUUCAGGCAAAUGAAUCUUUGAGAUUAAAAUAUCGAUAUGUUGAUUUGAGAUAUCCUGAAAUGCAAUAUAAUUUACGUUUAAGAUCAAAGUUAUUGAUGAAAAUGCGAGAAUUUUUAAUUAAUAAUCGUGAUUUUGUGGAAGUAGAAACUCCUACAUUAUUCAAAAAGACUCCCAGUGUAAUUAUGACUGAUUUUUAUCAAGUACAUUUGUUAACAAUUUUUACUAUUAAUAGGGUGCACAAGAAUUUAUUGUACCAACUCAGGAAAAAGGGAAAUGUUAUUCAUUGAUUCAAAGUCCUCAACAGUUAAAGCAAAUGUUAAUGGUGGGUUCCAUAGACAGAUAUUUUCAAGUAGCAAAAUGUUAUAGAGAUGAGGGUUCUAGACCAGAUCGACAACCAGAGUUUACCCAAGUAUUAAUAAUACUGUUGAUUAUACUAAUAUCUACAUAUAAUUUGUGUAAUACACAUAAUUAUAUUUAUUGUUAAAGCUUGACAUUGAGAUGUCAUUUACUGAUCAAAGUGGAGUGAUGUUACUUGUUGAGGAACUGUUAUCAUUUACAUGGCCAUCUGAAUUAGGCAAAAUUAAAACACCAUUUCCUCAAUUAUCAUAUGAAGAAGCAAUGCUAACUUAUGGCAGUGACAAACCUGAUAUUGGAUGUAGUUUUAAAGUAAUGUUUCAUAAAACAACUUUUUUAGAUUAUUCCCACAAUAAAUUUUAUAUAAUAAUAGUGUUAGGUAAUAGUUAUAUUAAAAAUCAAAGAACCAAAACUCUUUUUGGAAUUAAAUAUAAAAUUUAAUUUUUUAUUAUAAAUGUGUUAAUAUUUACAAUUUAUUUUGAUUUAAUAUUCCCUGAUGAUAAUUAUUGAAAUUGAAUCCAUUAUAAAUACGAAUACUAAUAAUAAAAGAAUUCAUUUUUACUAGGUACAAUUAGUUUUUACCACAUUUAAAAAUAACAAAUUUUCAAUUCUUUUGAAAUGUAUUUAAUUUAAAUAUAAUUAACAAUAAUAAUAGAAAAAUAAAAACGUAUAGUUAAGUAGAUAAAUCUAUUUUUAAUGAUAUCAUUAAUAUUUUUCACUAGUACAUGGUAGACUAUCAUAAAUCAAUUAAUAAUACAUUAUUUCUUUAUUCUUAGAUUAUUGUACUUAAAGAUAUUUUAAUUACCCUCAGGGGAACACUGCGUGUUACUUGACACCCGGGGCCCUGAGCUAUGGCGUAGGGAAAUUGGCGAUCCCACCGCCCAGUACUAAUUGCACUGCAGUAGCCCUCAUCUUACCUUAAUUGGUUGGGUGCAUACGGUCCUUCAAUAUAGGGGUUGAGCAAUGAGCUAACAACCCAUCCUCGGAAAAAACUUUGUUAAGAAACAACCAACACAAAAGCCUCGGAAAAAUGUGGACAUACAGGAUUUAAAAAUUGGAACAUGAAACGUGCGCUCUUUAUACAGGACCGGAACACUGACAACAGUAGUAUCUGAACUUGACAGACUAUAUUAGUAAUUCAAGAAACUAGAUGGCCUGGAUCUGGCAAUCACAAAACAGAGAAAGCAACACUAUUCUACAGUGGAGGAUCAGGACAUGAAAGGGGAGUUGGCUUCGUAGUUAGCGAUAGGAUACUUAACAACAUAAAGCGAUUCGAAUCAAUUAAUGAUAGGCUAUGCCUCUUGGAAAUUCAAGCUAAAUGGUUUAAUAUAAUACUGAUCAAUUGUUAUGCUUCAACAGAGGACAAAGACGAGGAGACAAAAAAACGAUUUCUAUAAACAAUUCGAGCACUAUACGACACAAUACCUCAAAAUAUGGUAAAAAUCAUACUAGGAGACUUUAAUCCAAAAAUUGGGAAAGAAACAAAUUAAAAACCAACGAUAGGACAACAAAGCCUCCAUAAUAAUUCGAACGACAAUGGAGUUAGAGUAAUAUCUUUCGCAACAUCCAAGGAAAUGACCAUAAGCAGUACGUUUUUUCCACAUAAACAGACAUGGAUGUCCCCCGGUGGAACAACUAAAAAUCAAAUAGAUCAUGUUAUGAUCGAUUCUAGAAGAAAAUACUGCAUAAUGGAUGUUAAAAGCUGUAGAGGUGUAUGCGGGAUAUCAGACCACUUCCUAGUAGGAAUCUAAAUACACCUCAGAUUGUCAGUAAAGUGGAGAGAAAAGAAAAGUCACCCAGAAGUUCAACGUUGAAAAAUUAAAAGAAAACAAAAACCUUCAGAAUUACAUAGAAACAAUAGAUAGAAACUUAAAAAACGACAGCAACAAUGAGCUUGAUCAGUUGUGGGAGAAACUAGAAAAAACAAUCAAGCAAGCCGCGAAAGACGUACUAGGUUUUGAGGAGAGAAGAAUACCUAAAAAGUGGUUCAAUGACAGAUGUAGAAGAGCUCUUGAAGAACGAGAUGUUGCCAGAAUGGCACUAAUAAAAACCCCCAACGAGUCUAACCGAAGAGCCUUAGCAAUCAAACAAUGAGAAACUAAGAAGAUAAUAAGAACCGAAAAAAGGCAAUGGGAAAAGAACUACAUCAAAGUCUCAUACAAAAAAAACCAAUAGCAUAAAAAAACGGAUACAAACCAAGAACGACCAUCCUAAAAGAACCAGACGGAACAUUGAUUACAGAUAAAACCGAAAUAGCUGAAAAAUUCAGAGAAAUGUUUGAGCCGAUACUACUUAAAACAAGACAAGCAGAACCUGUAGAUCAAUAUAUGACGACAGUGGAACAAAUGAUACAUGAACCAACAACGGAAGAAAUAAAAAUGGCAAUUGAAAUACUAAAAAACAGUAAAGCACCCGGAGAAGAAGAUGAUAUAACAACGGAGUUACUAAGAAAGAGUGGGAUAGCUGUGAGGAAAAAAUUAGAAAAAAUUAUUAUAAAAGCAUGGAGGGAAGAAGAAAUACCUGAAGCCUGGAAUCUGUCGAUCAUAUGUCCUAUCUACAAAAAAGGGGAUAUUAUGAAUUGCAACAACUAUAGAGGCAUCUCGCUACUAGAUACAUCGUACAAAGUUCUAUCAAAUGUCCUCCUUAAUAAACUCAAGCCAUAUGGAGAUGAAAUAGUCGGGGAGUACCAGGGAGGCUUCAGAAGGGGAAAAUCAACGGUGGAUUAGAUACAUAUUAUCAAACAAGUAAUGGAAAAAUGCUACGAAUAUAACCAGGAACUAUUCAUGCUAUUUGUAGAUUAUAAACAGGCAUAUGACUCUAUUAAUCGGGAAAGUUUAUGGAAAGCCAUGGAAAAGCUUGGAGUACCAGCAAAAAUCACAAGAAUGAUAAGAGCAUGUGUUUAAAACUCUAAAUGUAUGGUCAAAUUUAACGGCCNAGAUGCACUAUCACCAAUGCUCUUCAACAUCGUUUUGGAGGAGGUGGUUAGAAAUGCAUUAAACACCGGUAUAGGAGUCAAACUGCAAGAGUCUAAGACUAUCAAACUAAUAUCAUACGAUGAUAUAGUAUUACUCUCCGAAUCUGAGAACGACCUUCAGAGUAUGGCAGAAUCUCUCAUGGAUGAAAGCAAAAAAAUGUUCAAUUUCACUCGGAGAGGUGUUUUUAGCGGGAAGUGACAUGGGAAGGGGUGAAUUGAGAGAGCUAUCCACUAUUUCUAGUUGUGAUGCACUAGGCUGUUUAUCAUGAGGAGUAAAUCAUUUCGGAGAAUUUUUUCAUAAAGUUUUUAGUUCUGUUGUUUAUGUUUGAUUAAAUUAUUAUUAGUCUUAAAAGCUAUUUUUACAUUAGUAUGAAAUAUCAAAAUAAUAUGUCUAACAAAUUGGCUAAAAUUCUGAACAAUAAUACAAAUAAUUUAUAAAUAGCUUUUAAAACCAAUAAUAAUUUAAUCAAAUAUAUAAACAAUAGAAUUAAAAAAUUCACAAAAAUCCUCCUUCUUUUGCAAAUGCUGGUAUAUAUAAACCUAAAUGUAACUAAUAAAUUGUAUACAAAUAAGACAAAUUUUUUUAUAUAUAUUUAUUUACAUUACAUAUAUAUUAUAUAUUUUUAUUUAAUAUUUGAAAUAUAUAUAGUGAUUAUUUUAUUAUUGAACAUUAGGGUGAAUCAGAAAAAACUCUUUUCUGUUUGAUUUCAUCACUCAUUUAGUAUGUUUUUUUUGAAAGUAUUUAAACGUUUCCCAAAUUUUUUUCAUCAUUUUUGGAUAAUAUGGGUUGCAAGCAUGAAAAAAUUAAUAGUUUUUUUGGUUUUUAAUUUUUUUUUUUUUGUAAAGCAUAAAAAUUCUUAGAUAUAAGAAACUGAUAUUUGCAAUAAUUAUUAAAAACCAACUCUUAAUACAAACCCUACAUAUUUUUUAUAACUAAACUAUUUUUAUUGUAUAUUCCUAGUCAAAUUUAUUAUACAAUCCAUAUAUAUGCUAUUUAUUCAUAUAUUUUAUAUACUUGCCAUAUUAUUCUAAAUUUGAUAAGGAACAAAUAAUUUAUGUUAUUGAGAAAAACAUUUAUUAAAUUAUAUUUGUUUUAAACAUAUUUAUUUUUGUUAUAAUAACUUACAUGUGAUAAUUUAUAUUUAAUUAUCUGUUAAUUUGUCACUCCUCCUUUAUAAGAUAAAAACCAAUUUUUUUUUUAUUUUACUAAUGAUAAACAUCCUACCUACAUUUUGUAUUCAUUACUAAUAACAAAUUUUGUAUAAAGUAAUUUUAAUUCAUAAUUAAAGAUAUAAACUUUUAUAAAAUAAAAAUAUAUUUUUAUUUUAUAGAUUUCUAGCUGGACAAAAUUUAUAAGGAAUUCACCAACUGAUGUUUUUGCACUUGUUAUAAAAAAUCCUGUAAACAAGUUGACUAUAAAACAAUUAAAUGAAUUGAAAAAGUCAAUUUUCACAAAUUAUCCAGGAGUUAAUUUUAGCCUAUUUAAUAUAAAAUCAUUAGAUACAUUCAAAGAAAAUCUCCAAAGUACUAUUCAAGGAAUUGAUGUUGCAGCUGUUGUUACUGCUGAAAAUAUUUCUGAACAUGAUUUAGUAGCAAUUGCUAGUGGUUCAAAAUAUAAAGCAGUAUGCUAAUGGACAUAAAUUAAUAUUAAAUUAAAUGUUGAUCAUGUUUUAUUUUGACAUUUCAGCUAACUGUUCUAGGUAAAAUAAAUGAAAAUUUUAAAGUAGCUAAUAAUAGUAAUGAACCCUGGCGAUUUGUUUGGGUAGUGGAUUUUCCUUUAUUUGAAAUGGAAUCUGGUAAAAUUCAAUCAGUACAUCAUCCAUUUACACUACCACAAACAAAAGUCAACUCCAACAAUUUAUUAGAUGUAAGUAUAUUAUAUAGUUAACCUCAUUAUUGUUCACACAAUUUAUAGAUAAAUAUUUUGUAUAUUAGUUUAUUAAUACAUUUCAGCACUUAUAAAAAAUAAAUAUCUUCAAAAUCUAAAGAUACAACUAUUGAAUUUGUUUACAGAAUAUAAUACUAUUUUCAUUUAAAAUUUACUAUUUAAUUAAGACUAUUUACAAAUAUAAUAAUUUUUUUUUUCAAACUAUUGUUAUAUAUUUGUCUUACAAUUUAAAUAUUUUUUCAUUCUGAAAUGAAAUUUUAUCUGAAUUGUACUUUAGUAUAGUAAUUUUUUGAUUUCCCAAAUGGUUUUCAUAAUAAUCGGGAAAAAUCAGAAUAAUUUAAAAACAGUAUUAUUUUCAAUUUUAUUUUUUGUUAUGAUUCAGUUAAAAAUAUGCAUAGACUUAGAGUUUGGACAGAAAACUUACAUUUGUCUUUUCUGUACAAUUUUCAAAAUAUUUUAGUAGUUGUUGAGCUAUUUUUUGACAUUUGAAACUUGCAAGUUAUUUUUAAAACAAUAUUUAUUCAGUAAAUACUUUAUGGAUAAAUUGGUUAGACCAAACAGAAUUGCUUGAAAAUACAAGUUUCAUUACAAGUUUUAUUUAAUGAUCCAAUAAAAAUAUUGGUUUAAUUUUAAAUUUUUUUUUAAUAAUAAUUAUAAUAUUAAUUUUUUUACGAAAAUUGUACAUAUUACAGAAAUACAUUAAAUUAUCCAGUCUAAACUUUAAGCGGUUAUAACUCAUAAAUGGUAAAUCUGAUAUAAGUAUUAGGUGUAUCAUUUCUGUGUAACAUUUCUGGAAAAAUAUUUUCUAUUUGAAUCAGUGUUUAAAAAGAGAAGUUUCUAUUUAGAAAAUGAAAGUAUAUACUUCCUUAAGACAUGGAGUACAUGAUAGGGGUAAAAAAUUAAAAAUAGUUGUAAAAUAAAGCUUAACAGAUCCCAUGAUAAUUAAAAAAACAGAAUUUUAAUUCAAUUAAAAUCCUUCCAGAAAAUGUCUGGUGUAUGGUAAAAAAAUCACUAUGCAUAUCCUACCUUUCCAACUUCUCACCUACAACAGUAGUACACACCCAUUGUGUGAAAUAUAUUUAUCUUAUUUUAUUUUCAGUUGUAAAGUAAUAAAACAUAAAACUUAUAACUCUGAGCUCAAGUCAUUAUAAUAAUAAUAGUUUUAAAAAAAACUUAAAAAUAUUCAAUAGAGAAAAAGUUAUUACAUUUGUUAAAAUAGUCCUUUUAAACUUAGUAUAUUAUAUACUACAGUUUAAAGUUUAAAUCACUUAAUUAGUAACCAAGUUUUAUAACUUAAUAUAAUCCACUUACUCCUAAUGAAUUUUAAUGAGAGUAUACUAAUCUUACUAGUGUCUGAAUUUAGGUAUUCAGGUAUUAAUUUUAUUUUUGGUUAAUAUUAGAAGAAGAAUUAACAAUAACAAAUUAAUUGUAAUUUUUUUUUUGUGUUAAGUAUUUUUUAUUAUUAUUAUUAACUAGUAUUACUAUUGUAUUUAUAAUGAUAUUUUUAAAUUAUUUAUUGAAAAAUAGACUUAUUUUCCAUUUACUUUUUCAAGUCCUGGAUGCAAAUUUUAUUUAUACUGCUCUUUUAUUAAUUUUGUGUUCAUUUUAUUACCACAUAUUUUUCAUGAGUAUUUAAAUUAGUUUUAAUGAAUAUUAAUAACAUAUUUUUAACUUUAUAAUAUAAUAUUAUACAAAUUUGAAAUUGUAUAACUUAGUAAUAAAAUAUAUGAAUUUCUAUUUCUUAAAUUAUAAGUUAAUAUAUAUAUAUAUUAUUAUCUUUAAUUAAUGAUUAUAUCACUAUUAAUUUGAAUCACUUGUAUAGGUUAAAGGUUAUCAUUAUGAUUUAGUCCUAAAUGGAUGUGAGGUGGGAGGUGGUUCUAUUCGUAUACACGAUGCCAGUUUGCAAAAAGAAAUAAUUGAGUCCAUACUAAAAAUACCAAUAGAAUCUAUGUCUCAUUUAGUUGAAGCAUUGAAGUCAGGUUGUCCACCACAUGGUGGAAUAGCUCUAGGUAAACAAAAAUAUUUAUAAUAAUAAAUAACUUUUAACUUUGUUACAUUACAAUGUAAUAUCAUAUAUAAUAUUCAUGUUAUGAUAUUAUAAAUGGUCUAGUGAUGGUAAUAUAUGUUUUAAUUUUUAAGGUAUUGAUAGAUUUCUUUCAAUUUUAUGUAAGACAAACAGCAUCCGUGAUGUAAUUGCAUUUCCAAAAACAUUUGAAGGAAAAGAUCUCUUGACUGGUGCACCAUCAGAAAUCACAGUAGAAGAUAUGAAGAGAUAUCAUUUAAAUUUGUGUAACACAGAAAACAGUUAAAUAUUAUUAAUAUACAAAAGUAUAUUAAUUUUCUGAAUAAAAUUUAAUUCUUUAGAAUUAUUAGAAUUUUAUUUUACUGGCAUUCAUUUUAUUUACAUGGUUUUGCCAUAUAUAGCACUCAUCUACAUUUACAUUAUUGUAGUUUUUGACAGUGCCUGAAUUUUUUAAAAUUACUCAAAUUGUGAAAAAAAAAUAAGACUUAAGUAAAAUACCUAAAUUAUUUAAUAUUCUUUAAUAACCUAUUAUUUUAAAAUUAUUACUAUAAUCAUUUGAUAAUUUAUUCUUCCAUACCUAUAUUAUAUAUUAAUACAAAUUUUAUUUGUAAAUCACUAAUCCUUAGUAAAAUAUACAUUUAAAUACAAAAUGAUUCUAUUCUGUAACAGUAUUUUAGUUUUUAGGCUUUUAUCUGUUAUUUAAUUUUGUAAAUGGUAAGAUUACUCAAUAAGUAAUAAACAGUUCCAUAGCUUUAUUGCACUAAUUAUAUUUCAUAAUUCUUUCUUAUCAGACAAAUUUAGUUAUGGGUUAAUAUUGUGGAAUAUUAUUAUAUUAAUGAUAAAAAUGUUUUUUAUAAGUUGUAUAAAUAAUUCAAAAUUCCUACUGUCUAUUUAAAU